AGUUGUUAAAAUUUGCUGCAUUUAAAGUUUUUUUCUUGUUUUGAAAAUGAAAACUUUUACUGCUACAGUUUUUGAAAAUCUCAUUGCUCACUGAUUUAAAAGUUUUUACUUUUAAUUCGACUGUAAAAUUUCUUUCAUUUUGACGUUCUCGUGUAACCGUGUACGCCUAAGUCGCAAAUGUAAACAAACACUUUGGUGGGUCCGGUGGUGCUGGUGAGUCUAGGAUGCAAAGCAAAGCCGACCGCGGCAGCAGCCAGGACUCGGACGCGGAAACCUUCGUGAGCCAAACAGCAGCAGCGGAACGCCUUCGAAGGAGGGUGGUGCAGGAGCGGGAUGAGGUGGAGUGCUCAAAAAGGACAAGGCCAGCUUCCUGCAGGAACUGCAGCUGUUCCACGGAUGAGAGGUAGGAAUGUGGAUUCGCACCGGUUGUAUUGGGUGGUGGUGGCCCGGGAUUGGUGGUUGAAGGUCAAUUCGCGUGAGGACUGGGGCGAGAUCAUCGAGGAGAUGGCGCUGCCGAAGCGUUGCGUGAACAACGAGAUUGCGUUGAAGAAGAUUAACUUCCGGUUUUUGUGACAAGUAUGCGAAAGUUUAUUUUCACGAUGGGCCUCCGACGAAGAGGAGGACGACGAAAAGCUACAUAAUUGGAGGUGGUCAGCGCAGAUGUUCCACUCGGUGCCGGCGGUUUACAGCACCGGUGAGUAUUGAGAAUGUGUGCAGUGGCUAGCCAACUUCACUUACUUUCCAUCUCUUUUAGCAACUUCCCGCCCACAAACACUCACGUCGCGACGGCGCAGCUUCAGCCGAAUAAAUCUGGACAGUGAGCCAAAAAAAAACUGUGUCAUUCUCGAAGUAGGAUUACGUGCUCAAAAUCGAACUCCGUACCGAGGGCCUCAUCAACUCCCCGUUCAGGCACUUUACUUUCCAGCCGGCAAACGUCGACCACCCUUCCCGAAUCAAUGGCCAACUCCUCCAAGACUGUCCUGAUUGAGGCCGGAAACGUGACCAUCGUAUUACACUCCUGUCGCGCGUCGAAGCCUCCAUCCGGAACCGUCCAGCCUGGGGUAUUCGGAAGUGAACGGUGGCGUACCGUAUGAAGCAGAAGCUAGUGGAGAAGCGUUAAAUACAAAAAAAAAAGUGUUUUUCUAACAUAAAGUUUAAUUUUUUUUUAAAUAAAUGUAAAAAACCAAGAACAUUUUUCUGAAAUUAUCCCUGUAGUGCUAAAUGUUGUGUUUUCUUGCCAUAAAAGGUUUCUUUUCCAAUUAAAAGUAAAAUACUUUUACCAAUACAAAGAUUUUGUUCCAUAAAUGCAUGGUAGUAUCAAAAACAUUCCAACUUUUAAAUUGAAAAGUUUGAAUUUUCUACGAAUAUUCACCAACGCGAACUU